AUGUCUUCGCGAAGCCGAAGAGUUCUCGGGGCGAAACCCUACCGAAAUUAUAGUGAGGACACUUUGAAAGCUGCUAUGGCAGCAGUUGACACUGGCAUGACUUUGAGGGAAGCGGAAGAAAAAUUUAAAAUACCUCGAGCAACUUUAAAGAGAAAAAAUCGAAGGCUACAAUUAAACAAAGUCGGUCGUCCUAAAGUUUUCAGUGAAGUUCUGGAGGAAGUCUUUGUGCAAUCAAUCAUUACAGCUGCUGCUUGGGGAUAUCCACUAUCAGGUUUAGACCUAUCUUUACUCGUGAAAUCACAUCUAGAUAGGCUAGGUCUAAAUGAGACACGUUUCAAAGGUAACUUACCGGGACGAUAUUGGCUGGAAGGUUUUCUACGGCGCCAUAAAAGCACUUUAUCUGUAAGGCUCUCAGAAAAUAUUAAACGCCAAAGAGCUGGAGUUACGCAGGAGACAUUAAAAUCAUACUUCCAAGAAUUAAAAACCACCUUGGAGGAUGUAGAUCCGGCUGCAAUAGUAAAUUUUGACGAGACUAAUAUGUCUGAUGACCCGGGACGCCAGAAACUGUUGGUACGUCGAGGUAUCAAGCAUGCUCAUAAAAUCAUUGACUCAUCAAAAUCAAAUACCUCCGUAAUGUUUGCUGGGACAGCGUCAGGUGUUCUGCUUCCACCGUACGUCGUUUAUAAAGCGGAACAUUUAUAUAAUACUUGGACGGAAGGAGGACCUCCAAAUACAGUUUACAACCGAUCUCGGAGUGGAUGGUUUGACACUACAAUAUUUGAGGAUUGGUUUUUGAAGGUCAUUAUUCCUUAUGUUGAAUCGUUUAAUGGCAGAGGACCCGUGGUUGUAAUUGGUGACAAUCUGAGCAGUCAUUUCUCAUUAGAUGUGAUACAAAAGUGUACUGACUAUAAUAUUAAAUUUGUUUGUUUACCGGCAAAUAGUACGGGGUUGUGCCAACCCCUCGAUGUAGCAGUGUUUCGACCAUUAAAAAUAAAAUGGAGGUCUGUUCUGCUGUCUUGGAAGGAAAAAAAUAGAGGAGUAAUGCCGAAGCAUGUUUUUCCGAGGCUUUUGAAGCAAACUCUGGAUAAUAUAGAAAAUAUGGGAAAAAAUUUGAAGUCCGGAUUUGAAGCAGCUGGGAUAUAUCCAAUUAAUGAAAAAAGAGUCUUAGAUAGAUUGCCUACACAGGAAGAUCCAGAAAUCCAUAAUAAUGCAUCUCAGCAAUGGUUAGAAACGUUUAAAAUGUAUCACGAAGAUAUGCGAACAAAAGAAUGCAGCACAGCCCCGAAGAAAAAAAAGGUGGCAGUUAUUCCAGGUAAAGGUGUAACAGUGGAGGACUUAUCCGAAUAA